AGAGUCUCACCUCGAAUAUUGUCUUCGUCCAAGAAAGAUUCCUACUCAACGUUUGUUUUAUCAUGGCAGCCAAUAUCACGUGACAAAGCCAAUGGACCAAUCAUAAAGUACGAGAUCAUGUGGACUAAGAUACMGACAUCAAACCCUACAAUUAACAGAAAAAUGGUUAACUCCAAUGUAUCUCAGACAACUCUUGAUAACUUUGAGGAAUGUUCAAUAUAUAACGUAUCUAUACGAGGAUAUACAACUGCUGGAGCAGGACCUUAUGGUCAGCCAAUGAGUAUAUUCACGUCUGCACCUGGUGCUCCAACGGAACUUUCAAUAUUUGGCACUGCUGCGAAAAGGGAAGUKGUUUUGCAAUGGAAAAAGCCUUUACCAGUCAUCGGACCGAUUGAAAAAUAUGCCAUAACAUUGCUGGGGACGAAGACUUAUAACAACAGCUUUCUGCACAGCGAUGAAAGGGUUUCUACCAAUUCUUUGGAAAAAUUYCAAGUUGACAAACUUUAUCCAGACACGAACUACAAGUUCGAAGUGUCAGCUAUAACRAGAUGUGGAAGAGGCGAGAAAAGCAUUUAUGUGAUGGCAACUACACAGAAAAGUGCCCCGCCAGAGCCGUUAAGGAAGUCUCACAUUGUAAACAUCACGUCAACAAGUGUUAAGAUUAAGAUAUGGCCAGCAUCAAACAUUAAUGGACAAAUAAGAAAGUAUCAGGUGAUUGUGAAAGAAACGUCCAGCUCUUCCCCAAUUGACGCAACGAGUUUAACAGACCACAAAACCGCAAAACAAAAAGGCCUGUAUUACUAUAUUACAGCAGAACUGAACGCCAGCUCUGAUGCAUUCCAACAAGAUCCUGAAUUCAUUCUUGGUGACGGAAAACGUUAUGGAAAAUUUGAGAAUGUAAAACUCGAAGAGAACAAAUUGUAUGAGAUAUUAGAAAGAGCGAUGACUGGCGAAACACAGGAUUUGGCUGGUCCAAUGAUUGUGCUGGCUAGGAGCCACCACUCACUAGAGAAAGGAAAGAAAGGACGUGAACUGCCUUCACCAAAAAAUGAUAGUGCGACACUCUACAGUACCAUUGGAAUAAUGGGCCUCAUUAUAAUAAUUCUCUUGGCUAUUGUUUGGAAGCUCAGAAGGCAAAACAGUAAGAUUUCCUCGAGAUCUAAARCCAGAGACAUCGAGUUUAAGAAUAUGGCAAUGCAAGACCAGCCAUAUCAUCUCAACGAGAACACGAGACGACCUGCAGACCAACCGGCUCCAAUUAUAACUGAUGAUGUCUACGAUCAAAUAGACAACCAAUGGAGACCCGAGGUUGGGAGUACUUCAGGUCAAAGCUCAAGGGCUAUCGCUCUACCUACUCUACCUAAAGCAAAUAAUAAAACCUUGAAUGAGGGGACCGUAUCGUCUUUGGAUCAGACAAAUACUUUCCAAACAAACGAGCCUAUUGAUGAGGAUGAAUAUGUCRAUGUAGACCAACCAAUGAAAGCACAUGACUCUGCACUUGAAGAAGAUGAUUAUGAGAGUAUGAACUGCUYAGCAAAAAACAACGUAAGAGAUAAGGAAAUAGAGGAUUCUGAUUCAAGARUCUAUGCAGAAUGCGACCCCGAAAGCCAAACUAAAUACCAACCUCURAACCCAGCAGCUGAUUCAGAAUACAAAGGACUUCAUGGCUACGGAAAUACUGGAUUCAAAAGACAAGAAGAAGAUGAGUCUUUUACUUGAAUGUGAAAUGGUACUGUUUAACAGUAGUAGUAGCAGCAGCAGCAGCAGCAGCAGCAGCAGUAGUGACACGUAUAAUGCUCGUUGCAUUUUUGCAUGCUAUUCCAACUUUGUUUAACUUGAUUUAAAGUCACAGAGAAAAAAGUUAAUAAGAAGGAGGGGAAAAACGGACAGGCAAGUUUCAAUAACAUUACAGAGAGCGUAAUACCCGGAAUUUUGUUUGAAAAUCGGGCAAGUUUUAAUUUUUUUUCUCCAGCCUUUACUAUUUAUUAUUAUAUGCCAAGGUAAUUUCACGCGCUAUGAUUGGUCAAUUUGCGGUCCAURACUUACGGUAGGGACCGAAAAAUGAAAUGGUUUACUGAGAGUACUUAUGAUCUUUUAAAACAUUSAAAUCUUCGUUAUUUUARAAAAAGAUUUCUAAAUGCAAAUYGCCGAAAGACCUUAAUAAAUUAUUAAAGAUAACUUAUUUUAAUCAAAAAUCACAAGGAAUAUCCAUGAAAUUCGCCUCAUUUAAGUUAAGGCCCUACACGGUAUUAGUUGAGCGAUUUGGUACGACUUACAAAACUAGGAAUUACGAACUAAAGGGUGGUGAAUAGCUAAUUCAGUAAAUGAAAUAAAGAUAGUUUGAACUUA